UUCUAUAAAUUUAAUACUAUCUACAAUGCAUACAAUUUUACAACAGUCAAACAAGUUUCUCCAAAACGAAAAAACCACUUUUUAAUAUUUUUACUUAAUAUGUCAACGACAUCCAAAGUAGUAUUUGGUCUCUCGUGUAUUGUAACAGCAGGUAUUAUUGGAUUUGUUCACUACCAGCAACAAGACGAUCUAAAUAAAUUACACCAAGGUGUUAUUAAAGACAUUGAACGACAAGAACACAGACGCUCGCAGUUGGAAAUUAAAAACGAAAUACCAGUGAUCAAUAAUAUUCAAGAUGGGAAAAAAAUCGCAUAAAAAGGAGCACAAGAAAAAGAGCAACAAAAAAAAAAAA